AUGGCCUUACUAACGGCGGGCUUGGUACCUGCGAAAUGGCUUGCAGCAGAUUUUAUUCAUCAACUCAGCUACUUGCAGUUAGCAUGUCUGGUUAAUACGGCAGGUGUUGUGCUUCUUUCGAUUUACUGCUGGUUUUCCGCUGCCAAAUACCCAGGCAUACCACGAGUCCGCGAUGGUAUGAAGGCUCGAUUUAGUCUUAAGACUCGCUUAUCAUAUUUUACGAAUUGUGAGGGGUUGUAUAAAGAGGCAUAUGAGACUUACCUGAAAAAAGGCCAGCCAUGCCUCGUCCCAGGCCUCGGAUUGCGGACUGAAAUUCUCCUACCAAAGGGCACCCUGCGGUGGCUGGUAACCCAACCAGACAAAGUCCUAAACAUGCAGGAGGCAUUUCGUGAGGUGGAUCAGAUCGACUGGGCAGCCGACCACCACAAGUACGUCACCGAUCCAUGGCUGGCUAUGAUCCUCAAUCGCGAUGUGAAUCGCAACUUUGACAGAUAUCUGGGACCAAUGGGUAAGGAAAUGCAAAAUGCAGUUGAGAGGUGGAUUCCGAACAAGGACGAGUGGGAGGAAAUUCCACUUUGGGAUACAUUGAAACUCGUAAUUGCGCAGUUCUCGAGUCAGUUUACGGUAGGGGAACCGCUUUGCAGGGAUGAAGAAUAUCUCCGCGCCUCCUCUAAAUUCGUGGAUCUCUUCGCAACAAACGCGGGCUUGGUCCCCUUCAUACCUGUACCGCUCCGCCCUGUCCUGUGCCCGAUACUGUACCUUCCAUUCCGUUUAAACUACUGGAAGCUGGAAAGGAUUUUGAAACCGGUGAUAAAGGGGCGUUUGGAUCGCUUUUUGAAACAUCAGCACUCUGAAACGAUAAAAAGCGAGCGGCAUCACGGCAUAGACAGUGGCCAAAAUGAGCCCGAGGACUUACUCCAAUUAAUGCUUCGUUUCGCUCAAAGCGAUCGCUCUAAAGAGGAUUUACACGACCUCCACGGCCUUGCCUACCGGAUCUGCAUCAAUAACCUGGGUUCCUUCCAUCAGACAACUGCAACUGCGACAAACCUAAUCUUCAACAUCAUCGCAUCCGACAAAGAAUUCAACACAAUCGCAUUACUCCGGGAGGAGAUCGAAUCUGUGCUUCCAAGGGAAUACUACACUAUCCCAUCUCCUACUACCGAGCUAGCUGAAAACGAAGAGAAAACAGGCGGCUGGUCAAAAGCUUCCGUCGCUAAGUUGGUGUUGAUGGACAGCGUGAUGCGCGAAACGGUACGAAUGCACAGCUUUGUACAUCGCUCCGUCACGCGCUCUGUGAUGGCCGAUAAUGUCCAUUCACCCGCCAUAGAGAGCGAAGCUAGUAGCGGCGAAGCCAGCACCAUCAGCGUCCCCCUCCCCAAGGGAGCGAUGGUUUCCAUCCUCUCGCGCGGCAGUUACUGCGAUCCCGACAUCUUCGAAGACCCCAUGAAGUUUAACCCCUGGCGCUUUGCGCAGCCGAAACGAGACCAUCAUAGUGAGCAAUCUAACGGCAUAGGAGCAACGCCCCCAAGGCCAACUUUCACCGUGACAUCCGCCAAUAAUCUUUUUUUCGGCCACGGCCGGCACGCAUGUCCAGGCCGCUUUGUCGCAGAUGCUGAGACGAAAAUGCUCUUGGCGUGCUUGCUCAUGAAUUAUGAUAUAGACCUGGUGCCUGUGCCAGGACCUGAUGGGAAGGGGGAAGUGGCAGUGCGUCCUAAAAGCCCUUGGGUGUUGGAGGUCAUCAUACCGCCGAUAGGAGGGAGGAUUAGGACGAAGAGAAGAGCAUGUGAAAGGGUAUGA